UGAGUUGAGCUGAGCUGUGCUGACUACUUCCACCUCCAUAGAAACGGAUCAAGUUGGACUUGAAUUUUCUCCUUAGAAAACACCAAAACAUACAGGCUCACCCACACCUUCAGAUAGAUGAGAAGAUACAGGGAGAUCUCAUUUGAAAGCAGUGAACAGCUCAUAUUCUUCACAUUGGUUUGAUCACUGCGUCUUUCCACACUGCUAGCCCUGAGAGUGACGAGUCUAGCUGACAUAUUGGGAAAACUUUGUAUUCAUUUUUUUCCCGAACCCAUGAAAAUCACGUUUUCUUUGUGGACAAUGAUGCGACAAGCAACCAUCUCCUCGGUGGUGUUUCUAUCUUGCACUGUCAUGCUGGUGCAGGGUGGAUGCCCGCGGCAGUGCUCGUGCCCCACCUCACCGCCCUCAUGCCCACCAGGUGUCAGCUGGGUGACAGACUCCUGCGGCUGCUGUAAGGUGUGUGCCAGGCAGUACAACCAGGACUGCAGCCCUAGCCAGCCCUGUGACCACAUCAAGGGCCUGCACUGCCACCUAGGGUCUGGAGGAGACCCGGAGACAGGACUGUGUCGAGCUGAGGCUAUGGGUCGUCCCUGUGAGCUGAACGGCCGGGUCUACCAACACGGGGAGGACUUCCAGCCCAGCUGCCAGCACCAGUGCAGCUGUAUGGACGGCGUGGUGGGCUGCAUGCCCCUGUGCCCACACCAGGUACCACUACCAGGUUGGCACUGCUCCCGGCCCCGGCUGGCCAGGCUGCCAGGACGCUGCUGCGAGGAGUGGCUUUGUGACGAUGACAACCAUAUCAAGGAGGACUCCAGAGAGGUUGACCACGCUCCACCUCCUUCCCCACCCCAGCACCCUGAUCUUGCCAGCAAUGAGCUGCUCAUGGCUCCCACCCCCUGGGACUCAAGUGCUGGAGCGUCAUAUCAAGAGUGGAUCUCCUCCCCCCAGUCCCAUGCCUUACUUCCCUCAACCUGCUUCCUGCAAACCACUGAUUGGUCGCCUUGCUCAGCCACGUGUGGGAUGGGUGUGUCCAGCCGAGUAACCAGUAGCAACGCUGAGUGUCGGUUGGCCAGAGAGACACGACUGUGCCAGAUCCGGCAGUGUGAUCUUGCCCUCACCCCUUCUCCCAAGAAAGGAAAGAAGUGCCAACGCACAAUACGUCCUCGCAAACCUGUCCGGAUCAAGUUCACCGGCUGCUCUACAGCGCGCCAGUAUCGUCCUCGUUCCUGUGGCUUGUGUGCCGAUGGCAGCUGCUGCACUCCUUCUCUGACGCGCACGGUGAACCUUCACUUCCGCUGUCCCGGAAGCAGGCAGGACUUUACCCGUAGCGUCAUGUGGAUCCAGCGAUGCCGCUGCAGUCGGAGCUGCCAAAGUCAAGGGCUUGCCUCCCCGGGCUCUCUCAGUCUGCCUAACGACAUCCAUACCUUCUCCCACUGAGCCCCAUGUCUAAACACUAGCAUUUCUUGCCACAAGAACAUGCCCUUGACUUGACUCUGGCCCUCGACUCUAGGGUUCACCCUUGUCCUAAUCUCACUGUCUCCUUCCCUCGUUCCAAAAAUGUUUCCUGUUCCCUAACCCCAGGGUUUAUUUCUGCCGUAGCCUCUUUACCCCAGUCUGUGUUCCUUUACCCCAGGACUCCCCCUGACCCUGUCUCCAGUCUGUGUUCCUUUACCCCAGGACUCCCCCUGCCCUGUCUCCAGUCUGUGUUCCUUUACCCCAGGACUCCCCCUGACCAUGUCUCCAGUCUGUGUUCCUUUACCCCAGGACUCCCCCUGACCCUGUCUCCAGUCUGUGUUCCAUUACCCCAGGACUCCCCCUGACCCUGUUUCCAGUCUGUGUUCCUUUACCCCAGGACUCCCCCUGACCCUGUCUCCAGUCUGUGUUCCUUUACCCCAGGACUCCCCCUGACCCUGUCUCCAGUCUGUGUUCCUUUACCCCAGGACUCCCCCUGACCCUGCCUCCAGUCUGCCCUCACCCCAUACAGAAGGCUCCAUCAGCUGGAGGAAGGACACUGAUGCGAUGUAGUGAACUGUUUUACUUUUACAGCUGCCUAAUUGUGUACCCAACACUUUCUCUCUCUCAUUCUCUCACUGGUGGUAACUCCCCCCAUAAUCCAACAAAUCAGCACCUCCAUAUAACUUCAGUGAUGGACUGACUGACUGAAUUUAAAAGACAGUUGGGGGUGCUUCUGUGUUACUGUAGUUUGGAAUGGCGAAUUGUACUCUGUGGGACUGUACUUAUAACUACCCAAAGAGAAAGGUUGGACUGAAUAUCAGACAGGCAAUCUCACAGAGACAUUUGCGUAGCAUCCCUUCUGACAAACGCCUUUAUAGCCUUACUGCCCUUUUCACUUGUCUGUUUUGCUUGUGUUCAGUAAGUGACAGAUCUGUGGGCGAUUGUGUCCUUCUACAAAUGACCUCUGUCAGUGGACCUCCUAUCAAAUUUGAUGGGCAAGAAUAUAAAUGCACAGGUGUUCAUGGUUUACACUCUGAAAUAUGAAUCAUCAUUGUUAUAGACACAGAGGUUUUAAAUGGACCUUUGUAAGUUAUUCAUGUUUAAUUAUUGUAGCGAUGACUUGUAAAUAUGUAUUUACUAUACUUUGUACAGUUAGGCAAUGUUGAUUUGUUUGUCAUUAGGUAUAUAUGUCUGUUUCGUAUCGUCUCUAUCUGUACAGACUUCACUUAACGAUGGAGUGACAUGUUUUGGAUAUUACCUCCUUUUUCGAGGUGCACAGAAUAUAAACAAUAGUGGACCGAGAAUGUAAUAUGUUAAUUUAUAUCACUUUAUUUUGAUUAAUAUGUUCAAUAAAUGUCUUAUAAUGAAAGUGCCUCUUGUAAAAAAAAAAAUAC